AUGGCUCUUGGUACUCUGGUUAUCAUGGCCACCAUGCUGGUGUAUUUUCUCUUGAAAAAUAAAAGAGUGCUAUUGUCCCAGCAGCAACGGGGGCGACGAGGCAGGCUGCCCCCGGGGCCUGCAGCGCUGCCCAUCAUCGGUAACAUGCAUCAGGUGAUUCUGAGCAAGCCGGCGGUGUUCCGAUGGAUCCACGCCCUGCUCAAGGAGAUGAACACAGACAUCAUGUGCCUCCGUCUCGGAGCUACUCAUGUCAUUGUUGUAGCAUGUCCACAGAUAGCCUCUGAGGUACUAAGAAAAAAUGAUGAAGUUUUUGCCUCCCGUCCCACCACCUUCGCCUCAGGCAUAUUCAGCUUCGGGUACAAGGGCUCCAUCUUCUCACCGCACGGAGACCAGUGGAAGAAGAUGAGGCGCGUCCUCACUGUUGAGAUCCUCGCCUCGUCCAUGGAGCGAAAGCUCCACCACCUCCGGAAAGAGGAGUACGACCACCUUGUGAGGCCUCGACCUGGAUGGCCAUGA